UUUCUAUUUGUAACAGUAUUGCAAAAUUGUUAUUACUUGCUGUGACCGCUCGGUGUCGGGUGUCGGUCGGGUGUAUCACUCGCCUAACCUAACGCUCGAAAUUCAUUGUUGAUUUGCGGCUAUAAACUUGUUACAAAAUUAUUAUUAACAUAUUUUCCGUUCAUUAAAGGCAUAGAAGUCCUUACGACGCUGACGAUAAAGUCGAUAAUCCUAUCUAUGUUGCGAAGUCAUUUUGUUUAUCGACGGUUAAAUUCCGUUGUAAUAACGAUAUGCAGACAACUUCAGUCAGUACGUGCUCAGACACGCGCCGGGGUGUUCGUGUCGCCCGAUCCCGCGCUCUCAUAUCAAUAAUUCAAAUUUAAAAAAACGUUACACAUACAUAACGAAUUAGUAUGACCUUUGAUUAAUUUGUCUCGAACAAUGCAUCAUUAGCCAGUGUCGAUCAGUGCUACAGUGCCAAGGCCGAACGCAGUUCACAAAAUGGAAGACGUGUAUACUAUUAAAGUCAAAACAAAGCCAGAUACGCGUAACUUGUAUCCGUCGGAGCGCCGCUACUCCGCCUCCACGGUGUCGGGGCUGGCCUGGGUCCACAUCGCGCUCUCCGCCACCUCGUUCCUGCUGGCGUGUCUGGCCUUGGUCAACCCGGACGAGGGAAAACAACCUAAUAACACAACAGAGUCCCUGAACUCAAUCAACGGCACAGCCAAUUCUUCGUUCGUCGCGGACAAUGGGUACAUGCUGGUGCUGGCGCCGAGCUUGCUCAGCGUGUUCGGCCUGGCGGCGGGCGUCGCCAGCAUCAUGGCGUCCGUGAAGUGGUACAUAGACCACAACAUCACCUGGCUAUUCAUAGCCUCGGUUAUGUCCACUGUAGUGUCCUUGGCAUCGUUUGUAAUGGUGGCGGUGUGGUUCGCCUCCACGUCUGAAGGAGAAAUAACAGACUUUUAUAAAGAUAAAGUACCUUUCAAAGAUUUCGUGGUCGUGAGACAGGCAGAUGUGUAUGAGCAUAACUCUUCACACGUUAUAGUGGCUUUAAACUCCACUAAGGUGAGCGAGGAGAGUCAAGGAUCACGAGUGUUCACGACGGGAGUACUCUCCAUCAACAUCCUCAUAGCCGCCUUCCUCGAAGUGCUUUGGUCGAUCCUGAGCGUCAAGAUAUCAUAUAGAGGCAUGCGAAACAAUUACAAAGACGACAGCAGCGAGCCAAGAGGAAAGUGCAUAUCUGUUGUCACCAAGAUAAAAGGAAACGAUCCUAAACACAUCCCUCGGAAUGGAAAAUUGCUGAAACCAAAACCGGACCUCAUAGAACAUUAUCCCAAUAAGAAGAUCAAAAAGAUAUACCUCGCUCAAGACGAAAACGGGUUCUAUUUGAAGAACCAAAACAACAAAGUGAAGCAAAACACGGAGACUAGCUCUGAGAUAUAUAAGGAGAGGAUGAUGAACUUCCUCAACCGCUGCGCCUCUCUCGAGGGCGUCUCCAACCCGGAGGCAACUCCGAGCGUUCACUCAGACGCACUGAACACUAUCCCGGAAGUUGCCAGCGCUGAAAUUAACCUAGAAAAUGAACGCAAAGCCACAACGAGCCCGCUCAGCUGGGGAGACACUCCCGACCACACCGUGUACAAUCAGAACACGCUGAACUUAGAAAAUAUAUUUAAUUUUACGAAGAAAGUGGAUGCGAAAAACGAAGAGCCAAGUGAAAACGACAAUCUGUAGGUAAUUAGCCGUGAAACAUGCGCCGCGACGUACUCGACUUACUCCCUCCGCGGGACUCGCCACUGCCUCACAGACAACUACUAGCUAUGUUAUUGUGUAUUGUACACACUCACUGGUAGGUAAGCGGUACGUGAUGCAUCUCCCUCUCAUCAUCAGCAAAUAGCGCGAUUACAGUAUUUUCUUUUUCUUAGACCAAUUCUGUAAUGAACUGUUCCGUGGUCUGAAAGUGCCACGACACGCCCGGAUAUAAACUAUGUUGGAAGAGUUCACGCUUCAGUUACUUGGUAUGACAAGUUUUCUACCAUAUGAGACACCAUCAUGAGACACAGCGAGUUACUCAAACGAGGCUAUAUAUUUAUUUUUAAUAGGCAGCUUGAGAUUUGUUGAUAAGUAUUGGAUAGUGCAUUGAGCUCCGGGCUCCAUACUGACAGUGUGAUCGUGAAAUGUCCGGCCUGCAUAGCACUGUUAAUGUCAGCUCAGCUAAUAUAUGUUACUAUUCCAGUUUCAAUAUAAUAACGGCAUUACGUGGAGUAUCAAUGCACUUUAUUUACAUGUUGUGUGAUGUUGGCAUAGUAAUGGCCGUUUUAAUUGUGUAAAUAAUCGAAUAUGUUAUUAGUGUAGUGAACAUAAUACUCUCUAUUACUUAUACGAACGUUAUAUAUCUGUUAGACCUAAGCCGGAACCUACGCAACUAUUCAUUUCCGUCUGUGUUCAUUGUCUAGUGUUUUGUUUUUCACUCGAUUCUUUAUAAUUUUCAAGCUAUUUAAUAGUUUCUGUACGAUAAUUAUUAAUUAUGGAUUCAACUUAUUGUACAUAUGUAUUAUCUUCUAAUGUUUUUAGAUAAUAAGUUGUAUGUUGUGUAUUUAGUGGUCUCCUAGUCGGGAGUAGUGGCCGCGCCGCUGGCACAUGAAACAGCCGCCGCCUAACACACUCGCGUCCCGGCGUGGGCUGGACGGCGUCUAUCAACCGCAAUGCAAAAUCUCUUUAUUCAUUUGUUUUACGAAUAAAGUGUAAAAUCCAUUUAUAAAUAUGAUGAAAUGGUAAAACUUUCAACAAGCAGGUGCGGUGUGUGUUCAGUAAACAUAAAUAUAGUACGUCACAGACCCUUUAUUUAGAAUCAUUGUAUGUAGCUUUAAAGUAACUUCAACCGUGCUUUAAGAUUGUAUGAAUAAAAAUAGAAUAUUUCGACUCAAUAGUUUUCCUGUGUAUUGUGAUAUACCUAUAUGACAUUUUUUUUAAGACACUACCUAGCUUUUUUGAACGAAGUUCCUUACGGCAGACGAGAAGGAGAUAGGGAUUUUGCUGCGCGACCGGACUGAAAACAUGUGAGACUAAAACUGUAAGAAAACAUAUAACAGAAGUGCUAUAGUCGCAUACACAAGCAAAUAGUGUACAAUACCUUUCUCUAUCUCCCUGUUUCUUUCUGUUCUCUCGUCUCGUCUCUUUUUGAUACUACUCCGCAUGAGUUUAAACUACUCAUGAAUUCAUGCACAAGUAACGCACAUGCGCAUAUUCAUGAAAUUAUUCUCUAAGCACGUGCUGAUACUUACAUUAUAAAUUCAUUUUACUCGUAAAUAAACACUUUUAUUUUCGUAGUGUUUUUAAAUUAUUUAUGUGAUUUUACAAUGUCGAAGAAAAAAAAGAGAAAUCAUGAAAAUAUAUAUAAAGUUACGCAAUAUUUUUUUUGCAAAUUGUGUUGCUUCCAUAUUAUCCGAAGGAACUUCGUCUCUACCGGGUGUUCCAUGACACACCUCUCUCUUUUAUUUUAAUAUACAUUUAUGUACAUAAAAUUUUACACCAUCAGUAUUGGAUUGAUAUUAAUAUAAUUUUUUUAAUAAAAAUAGUAAUGACGGCGCAUUCCACAUUUUAUUAAUUAUGUAAAAUUAUUAUUGUUUAAAAAUGUAUUCAAUGCUUUUAUGAUAGUUUUUAAGAUCGUUAGUGGGCAUCGCUACUGCGUUCUCACGUCAUGAUAAUGUAAGAACUUACAUUAAACAUUUCUACUUUCAUACCCAGUAGUCUUUUUUGCCCAUGUUGUACUCCAUCUCAUUUCCAACGGGGUUCUGCCCGCGCCCUCACGGUUGUUCUUGUACGGAGUGCUGUGUCCCUCGCCAGGUGGCCUGUCCGUUAGGGUCACUCGGAACCGUUGAGGAAUUAGCGUAAUAUUUAGUGAAGCCAUGUGACAUAUGUGAAACAAUGAAAGCGUGUUUCGAUAACUGUAAAAGAAUUACUAAGAAAUGCUUAUCACCUUUUAAUUCAAUAAUAAUGUACCGGUGUAUUUGUAAAGCAGUGUAAUUACAUAAGUAUUGUCGUUGGUCUUCGAAGUGUUAUAAUGAAUGUCAAUAAAAUGUAGUGUCGUCCGUGAGCCCAACUUUAAAAGAAUCCGUGACACAGACGCUACGAACUUCCUUACCGUGCAAAAACUAUUUAGUCAUAAAAACUGACGGAGAGUCGUUGAACUGAUCACAAAGAGACAGAGUGCGGUCGGUGCGGGAGUGCUCCCGACGAGCUGGGACCGGCACCAGUGUGCUUAGUGCGAGUUUUUUAACGUUUUCGAUAGCGUAAAAGUUAACUCAUAUUUGUAUGCAGUUGGAACAGCGCCCCUAGCGGCAAACGUACGCAAACCAUCCCAUUCCAUGUGCUAACUUUUACGCUAUCGGGAACGUUAAAAAACUCGCACUGAACACACAUGUCGACGCAGCCAUAGUUCAACUUAUUUCUGAAUAACACUAAUUGAGUGUUCGAGUCGAGCAAUAAUCUUAUUGAUUUAUUUAUUAGACAAACAAAACCUAUCUACAAAUUUUAUCUUGAUGUACAGUAUACAUAAAACAAAAUGGUCUCAAGUAAUCAACUAAUGCAUUACAGAGAAAUUUGAGAGUAAAUUAAGGAAUUCAAAAUUAAAUGCUAAGCGCUAUGAUGCUACUUGUUCACGUAUUGAGGGCGUCUUGUGAGUCCGUAUUGAUCUUUUUUUUUUUUUAUUACUUAGAUGGAUGGACGAGCUCACAGCCCACCUGAUGUUAAGUGGUUACUAGAGCCCAUAGACAUCUACAACGUAAAUGCGCGACCCAUCUUGAGAUAUAAGUUCUAAGGUCUCAAGUAUAGUUACAACGGCUGCCCCAUCAUUCAAGCCGAAACGCAUUACUGCUUCACGGCAGAAAUAGGCGUAGAAUGUAAUGAAAUUGCUUUCAUUCUCUUGCACAUUUCUGCCGCGACGAAGCGUUUCGGCUUGAUUAACGGCAGCGAGACGAUUAGGCGUUUGAUAAGUUAACUUUGAGUUGGGUGCGUGUGUGUUUGUGUCACGUGUCUAGGUAUAUAGUAGUUGCGCGAGCCACGACGAGCCCUUCACUUUGCCUCGUCCGUAACGCACAUGCCCUGUUUUCAUUCCUUUGUCGUUUAUACAAAACUGCCAAAUAAAAUAUUUACUGGAUUUGGUGAUAUUUUUGUUUGAACGAAGUAAAAGUAAACAUAGUAUUCCAGUAUUAUAGUCUAUACAUAUAAAUAAAAUUGGAGUGUUUGUUUGUAAUAUUAAAAUAACUGUUUUUUACUACUACAUGCAUAUGAAUAUAUAUACGGUACAUACACCAAAAUAAAAUUUUUUACAAUUUUUGUCUGUCUGUCUGUUUGUUCCGGCUAAUCUCUGGAACGGCUGGACUAAUUUUGAAGGAACUUUCACCGAUAGGUAGCUGAUGAUAUAAGGAGUAACUUAGGCUACUUUUUUUAGACUAGCUUCGUCCCGCGGCUUCACCCGCGGUACGACAAUAACCGCGGGUAACAUCGCGAGACUCAGCUAUCAAUAAUAAAAUGUUAUGUUUCCGAAGCGAAGCGAGGGCGGAUCGCUAGUAUUAAAUAUGAUUUCAUCUAUGUAAUCAAUGUACUCAAUUAAUUUAAAAAAUUCUAAUAACGCGCACUGGUAGACAAUAGAUACACUCCAUUCGUAUUGGUUAGUAAAUUAAACUUCAUUAGUUCAUGACGAGGCGACCUUUAAUACAAUGUCCAUCGCGUGUCGCUCGGCUGACGAGGCACGCGCUCGCGGCGGCCGCUGAUGCCGUUUAUUUAUUUGGGAAACAAACAGUACAAUACAAACAUAUAAUAUUUUAAAAAAUAUAGCUAAAUCAAUAAUCAAAUAUGUUUCCACAAUCAAAAUCACAUAUAAGUAGAAAAUGAACAGUGAAGAGAAAUUAGAAAUUUAAAUUACAAAAAAACAAAAGCGACACAAUACGCAUUAUAUUGUUGUCAUUUAAAAAGUAUAAAACUAUCACAUUACUUAAAUACAACAAUACCUUAACAAGAGUACUUAAAGGUCGGCGAACCUUAUUCCGGUUACGUGUAGAUAAUAUCUCCAGUAAUAUGUUGAAUAUCACGCAGCUUUUGAAAGCGCCUGUCAAAAAGUCACGAAUGAAAAUAAAAAAUUGCGUACAUAUUGGUUCCGUCGCGCGAUCGGAGUUUACAUGCUGUUGUUACUGAAUAUACAGUAGGCAAAGUAGAAAAUAAACACAUUUCAUAUUAUAUUGGAAGCAUGCACACACGUCUAUUUAUAUUUAUUACGAAUUGAUAUAAGUUUCGUGGUUAUCUGUGUACAGUAUUAUUUACCGGGAUCUUACUGGCAGUAGACUUACCUACUUACCUUAAGUGACAAUAGGACAUAAUAUACUUCGACAUUUAAGUAUUACCUGAGUGAAGAAGUUUAAUUGAAUAUAAACAAGGCUAUGGUUAACGCUUCAUUGUGCUUGCUACUCAGGGCCGGAUUUAAACUUAAUGCCGCUCCUGGGCACCGGAAAAAAUCCGCCCCAAUAAUGGAAUUUUACCUAAACUUAAAGUUUAUAAUAAUAUCUUUUAUUUUACAAAAUUAAAAUAACUAAUUUAUUGCGGAAACUUCAUCAUAUGUCAUAUAUUCCAAAAACAUAAAUAAAUAUUUGUUUUUUUUGUAAGAAUUAUAAAUUUUGACUAAGGGUGACUCAUAAUUAUAUUACAUCCAAAAAAAAACUAAUUAAAUUUCUAUAAUUACAGAAAAUAGAAAAACCUAUUAUUAUUUUAAAUCUCCAAGGAAAUAAAUUGAUUAAAUAAUUUUGAUUAUUAAUUUUUACCAAAAGUGCCAACAUUAUAUUUCACAAAUACUUAAUGGAUAAAUUGAAUUUCUUGAAUUAUCAAUUAAAAAGAAAAUUAUUAAUUAUUAGAAUUAAUUAAUUAUAUUGAGCAAUCUUGAUAAGACUAAAAAAAAAAUUUUUACUUUCAAAAUUUUGCCGCCCUGGGCACUUGCCCCGACUGCCCCUGCCCAAAUCGACUGUUAUGAAAUAAACUCUAAAAUAAGUCAUAUCAGCACAUGAGGUUUUGGUAAUAAUUACAAUAGUUUUUGUAGAGAAAGAACGUAAUAUUAUUAAUGUACCGAUUCCAUGUACCUACAUGAAGAAUUUAUGUUGUCAAUUCAAUAUUAUAAUACCAAUAUCUUGUUAAGACUAUUUUGAAACUAAAUCAUGACACUUUUAUGUAUGUUAUAUGUGAUGCAAUAAUUUGUAUGUAGAUUAAGCCUUUAUACGUAUUUUGUAAUAAAACAUUUGAGAUCGA